UCUCUCUCUCUCUCUCUUUUUUUUUUCUUUUGUUCCAAACAAUAAAAAAACACGCGACGAUGAGUGUCUUUCCAAAAGAAACUAUUAAAAAUAUUGGAGAGUCGUUGGGUGUGACUAAUCUCAAAGACGAAGUUGCGACAGCAUUGGCUCAGGACGUCGAAUACAGAGUCCAUGAACUCAUUCAAGAAGCUGCAAAGUUCAUGCGUCAUUCAAAAAGAACAAAAUUAUCUGUAGACGACAUUAAUGCCGCCCUUCGCGUAAAGAACGUAGAACCCCUUUACGGUUAUACCUGUGGAGAAGCACCCAAAUUCAGAAAGACGACGCUCAAUUCAAACGACAUCUUUUUCGAUGACGAUGAAGAGAUUGAUUUCGACACAGUUUUGAAUAAACCAUUACCGAAAAUCCCCUUGGACGUUACAUUCACAGCCCAUUGGCUUGCGAUUGAAGGUGUACAACCUGCCAUUCCUCAAAAUCCUACACCAAGCGAUGCAAAAGCCGAACUUUUAUCGAAACGUGCCAAGAACCACGCUAAUUCCAAUGGCAUUACAACUGAUCAAGUCAAUGUUAAGCCUUUGGUGAAGCACGUUUUAUCCAAGGAAUUACAAAUGUACUUUGAAAGAAUCACAGAAGCUGUAUUAAGUGAAGACGAGCGAUUACAAUCCCAAGCUUUUGAGAGUCUACGACUGGAUCCUGGUCUUCAUCAACUUUUACCUUAUUUUGUUCAGCAUAUCCAUAAAAAGGUCACACAAAAUCAUAAAAAUCUGGAUGUUCUUGAAGCCAUGUUAUCUAUGGCACAUUCAUUAUUGAAUAACAAGCAUUUGUUUGUUGAGCCUUAUCUUCAUCAAUUGAUUCCACCCAUUAUAUCGUGUUUGGUCGGUCGUGUGAUCUGCGAAAACCCUCAACAGCAAAACCAUUGGUCCACACGUAACCGAGCUGCGUCACUUAUUGCCACCAUCUGUCAUCAAUACGGUAAAGCAUAUCAUACAUUACAACCUCGUAUCACAAAGACAUUACUUCGUGCCUUUCUCGAUCCCGCACGCCCAUUGACAACACAGUAUGGUGCCAUCAUUGGCUUGGAUAAAAUCGGUCCUGAAGUGACUCGUGUAUUAGUAGCUCCAAAUAUCAAAUUUUAUUCAGAAAACUGUUUAAAGACAGCCUUCGAGAGUCCAAACCCUGUCCGAGUGCAGGAAGCAGAGAAAUGUAAAGAGGCUCUUGUGGCCGUUUUGGAUCAUAUUGCAGAACAAAACAGUUUAUCAUUUGCCCCUAAAAAUAAUUCAGAAAAUGAUAUGGAUGAGGAUGACCCAGCUCCAUCAGAAGAAGAUAAAAAGGAAUUAAUUGAGUUUGUGGGUGAAAUCAUUGGAAAGGCUUAUUUAGAGAAAGAAGUUAGAAAAGACAGAGUCAAGAGUUUAAUAACUGCUAAAGAAGAAUUAUAAAAAAGAUUUUUUAAAAAAAAUAAAAUAUGCAAUUUAAAAAUCU